AUCUGGAGAAUCUGAAAGUAAUGCGGAAGAAGAUUGCACAGGUAAAAGCGACCUAACCCAAAAAUUCCAUGAUAAUGCUAUAAGAAUAAAUAUUUUUAUAGCAAUAAGGAUAUAUUUUAUUCUGUUUUUCUUUUUAAUUUAUAAUUACUAAUAAUAGUGGUUGACCGAUAAUCGGUAUCGAACCGAUUUUUGCCUCAUCGGUGAACAAUCGGAAUGAAUCCGUGUGAAGCGUGCCAUUUAUGAACGGUUGUAACGAACUUUGGUUGCAGUAACAUGUUACAUUGGAAAUUGUCAUUAAUUAAAAAUUCGAAAUGAAUGUGUCACCUUUACUCGGUCGACUGAUAUUAUGACGUCAUUAUAAAAUCAGUAUCGGGUAGAUUGUUGCAUGAAUAAUCGGUGAUUUCCGAUUGUGGCAUAAUCAGUCAAUCACUAAUUAUUAAAUUAACUCUUAUUGAAGUUUUGGUAAAACUUGGAAAUUUGUCAAUUGUAUUGGUUUAAAGGGACCGCCCAAGAAAGGGAUCGUCCAGUGACUCAUCGUCAGGAAUGACUCAGGAGUGACUGACGAAUAAGGACGAUCACUUUCUUGGGUGGAAACGACGAUAGUGAAGAUCUUGAGGUAAUGAAAACUAUACAUGUAUAUUAUGUACUGUAUAUACACGAGGUUGAUUGCGAGAUCUAUAGAAUACGGACGUCAGUAUAGAAUAUAGACUGAUCUCCGUUUAUAAGUUAACAUACAGUACACCGUACUUCUUACUCAAAAUCUUCCCCACAUGAAGACAUGAAGAAUAAAGACGCUGGACGUCUGUACUACAUUUAAAGAUUUCCUCUGAAAUUACUGUAGAUGGCCGUUUCUAGAGAUAUUUGUUUCUGAUCGGCUAUUGUUUUAAAACUGUAUAUAUUUGAUUAAAGAAAAUAUUUGCGAGCAAAUAGGAAUUUUAUGCCUUCCGUCUCAGACUUUGGGGAGAUAAGUCGGUUAUUACAAUUGAUAAGCCGUAGUGUAUUAUAUAUUAAGCUGACAGAGAGAAGAAAUACCUAAGGUAUUAGGUAUAUCUUGAACAGACUCGGUUAUAUAUAGAUAACGAUUACGAAAGGGUUAUAACACAUCCCUAUGCUAAGUUCUAAGCAUUCACAUACAGCUUACCGUCAAAGGAACAUCACCUAUACUGAAGACUAUUAAAAACUUGAUAACCCACCUCCUCCCCAUGUUGCAUCCAUAGUAUAAUAUAUGUAUUGUAGUUUUAAUUCUAGCUUUUUAUGUUUUGGCGUAAUCUUGCCCUCACUUUUACUGGGCAAAACGGUUUCAGAACAUUUUAAUGUAGAUACAUAUCUUAUGUAUUAUAUUUCGAAAGUCAGAAUAAAGCGGCUGGGGGAAUCUUUACCCCCAGCCAGAUUAACCCAACAACGAGGUGAAUUAUUUACAGUGUUCUAUUUAGUACACUGCCCAGUAAACGGAGCUCAGGAGAUGCAACACUCAAGCCGAUAAUGCGUGUGUGGGAAGUAAUGUCUUCGUGUAUGAUACAUAGGCCUAGUUUAAGAUCGUUCGUUGAGACGGAAGGCAUAAAUGUAAGUCACAAUAGCCGAUCGUUAUGCUCGGGAACCUUGAGGAAAUUAUUUUGGUCCUUUGACAAUUAUAAUGAAACAGUGUCUUUUAACAUAAUCAUUUACAUACGACUUUUCCUGCAUAUAUUUCUUUCUUCCAGGACAAAGUUCUCCUAAGCGAAGUAAACCGAAUGAACGUGAGCGUGAUCCGUCCUUUGCCGAGAUUUUAUUUGACAUUGAUAUAAUUUACCACGAGAGCAAAGAAAAGAAAAGGGAAAGACUUCAAAAUCUUAUCAAACACAUUGUUGCCCUUUUGAACUCCGCCGGUGGAGUCAUACGAAUUAAUGAAAGUGGAAACGAUGAAAAGACAAUAAUUAAGCAACGAGACAUAUGGAAGCAGGGGCUGGAACAGACUCUGGUUGAUAUUCUCACACAAGAUGAGUACAAACAAUGUAUUCAUUUCAAUAGUGCUUCAAAGUUUCCGUAUUGUUAUUUGUUUGUCAGAAAGUCCAAGCGUGUUUGUACGCAAAGCAGUGGAUUGAAAAUACCAUUAGAAUGCAGCGUUAAAGAUGCAACUUACAAUGGUAUUUUGAAUAUUCUUCAUCAGAGCGUUUCUCAGCGUGAAUCAUCGUCUCUCGAAAUGAGUGAUGAAAACAUGGAACCAGAUAGUGGGUACACAGAUAAUAGUUCUACGUUCAGUUUCCCUGAUGAGGAACAUGCUGAGUUUCAUUAUGAAAAGAACGUUUCCUUUCAUGAAAGCGAUACCGUACAAUUCAAGUUCAUCAUUAAAGACUUGCUGAAAGGCAUUGAUAGCCAUUUACCGAACUAUGUUUCUGCGUUUGCAAAUCACCGUGGCGGUAAAGUGUAUUUUGGCAUUCAUGACGAUGGAACGGUAAAAGGCCAACUUGUUGAGGGUGAAGAUGAGAAAAGGGAGGUUAAAGAUAUUGUAGAAAAGGUGAUGAAAAGAAAGAACGAGAAUCAAGAGAUGGUCCGGAUUUGGGGCAAACCAGAUUUUAUCCCACAAUAUGAUGAGCAAUGGACAGUGGAAUUUGUGGAGGUAAUUGGUAAACCAGAGGGCGAAGAAAGAUGUGUGGUUGUUGUGAAAAUUUUUCCUUUUGAUGGAGGGAUGUUUUUGGAGCAUCCCUUAGCUUGGAAAGUUGAUGAAAGCUCAGAAGAAAUUGUCAAAAUUGAUUUUGUUGAAUGGAGAAAUUUACAUGCCUCUGGUUCAGGUUCAG